UUCAGUAUGUUCUGUUUAUUGCUAUGUAUUACAGGGAACAAUAUACCUGUAAUGGAAAACUAGCCUUAAGAUCACAUUCUACGAGUCCUCCUCGUUUGUCAGAAGAUGAGAACUUUCCAUCAAAGACAAGGGGAGAUUGUUAUAGAAGAAAAACUUCUUUUGAUGACAGUGACUUUGAAGCUCGUCUCAACAGUUGGAAUCUUGGGCUUGAAAAUCCUAGAUAUUUACGUGAGAAACCUAUGUCCCUCUCAUUGAUGUCACCCAAGUUAGGUAUGGGGAAAAACAGCACUUCUCGAGAUGAACAAGCAUUAUUCCGAAUACAUGAAAAGGAGCUGGAGAUGAAAUCAAAAUUGAUGGAAGCUAGACUUCAUGAAGAAAAACUUAAAUUACAGCAGAAGCACGAUGCAGAUGUUCAAAAGAUUCUGGAUAGAAAAAACAAUGAAAUUGAGGUACUGAAGAGCUUGUAUAGAACAAAACAGAAUGAAGCUGAAGAGACUAUUCAGAAGCUUGAAAAAAAAGUUCAGACACUUGUUCGUGAGUCACAAGUCAUCAGAGAAGCUCAAGAGAAACAAAUUCUGGAGUUAAAAAAGUUAUGUGAGCACAGUACAGAUUCCCUGAACAAUGAAUGGGAGAAAAAGCUCCAUAAUGCGGUAGCUGAGAUGGAAAAAGACAAGUUUAAUCUUCAGAAAAAACACACAGAAAAUAUCCAAGAAUUGCUGGAGGAUACAAAUGUACGUUUAAGUAAAAUGGAAGCAGAAUAUUUGGCAGAGACCAAAACAACUAACCAGAUGGUCAAAGAGCUGGAGGCCCGAGUCCAUCAGUUGACAAUGGAAGCUGAAACAAGUCAUUUGCAGCAUCAGAAAUUAUCUCAAGAAAAAAAUAAUCUGGAACAGACUUACCAGGUUGCAUCUUUAGAACUUGAAGAAAUUAAGGCAAGGCAUAAUUCACUUCAGAAGGAAAGAGGGCGCAUGAUGGAAGAACAUAAACAGAACAUUAAACAAUUACAAAGCAAGCAUGAAGUGGAUCUAAAUUUGAUGAAGAAGGAACAUGGUUUUUCUGCAAUGAAGACAUCUGAUGUGAUAGAGGACUUAAAGCUGUGUGUGUCUCAAUUAAAACAACAGUUAGUAGAAUCAGACCAUCAAAGGCAACAACAACUGCAGGAACAAGAGCAAAUGUUUCUACAAGAAACAACUGAUUUAGAGAGAAUUCAUGAAAAAAAGAUUUAUGAAAUUCAAAGUGAUUUUGAUAAAGAGAGAAUAGAAUCACACAAGAAGAUACGGAAGCUGGAAGAUCUUCUGAGGGAGAGGGAGGAGCACCUGACUCAGGUGAUGGAGGCACAGAGACUACAAGCCCAGCAGGCUGAUGCUGCCUUGGAGGAGUUUAAGCGGCAGGUGGAGCUGAACUCAGAAAAAGUGUACGCAGAAAUGAAAGAACAGAUGGAAAAGGUAGAAGCAGAUCUUGGCAAAUCAAAAUCUUUCCGUGAGAAGCAGUCAAAAGAGUUCUCCUGGCAGUUGGAGGAGCUGAAGCAAAAAUAUGAACAACAGAUAGUAGAGCUGAAGCUGGAGCACGAACAGGAAAAGACGCACCUAUUCCAAGAACAUAACACAGAAAAGGAUUGCCUGGUCCGAGACCAUGAACGGGAAAUUGGGAAACUAGAAAAACAGCUUCGGGCUGCCAUGACAGACUACGACAAUAAAACCCAGGAAUAUAGGAAACGAGAUGCUCAGAUCAUCUGUGACAUGGAAGCCCAGAUCCAUACUCUGAGGGAAGAGCUGAUUCAGGUGAAUACUCAAAGAAAACAGCAAUUGGUAGAACUUAGUCUUCUUCGGGAAGAAGAAAAACAAAGAGCUUCUAGAGAUCAUGAGACUGCCAUGAACAAACAGAAAAAUGAGUCAGAAAAAAUGAUUCUGGACCUGAGGAAGACUAAUGCUGCAGAAAAGGAAAUGACGCUGGAAAAGGCCAACAGCAAGUUGAAGCAGAUUGAAAAGGAAUACAGUCAGAAGCUCGCCAAAUCUUCACAGAUCAUAACUGAACUUAAGACAACCAUUUCCUCUCUGACAGAGGAAAGCAACCAGCGGCAACUUGCUGGAGAAAGGCGUCUGCAAGAUGUUUUACAAAAGUUUGAAGAUGAGAAGCAGCAGCUGAUUAGAGAUAAUGACACAGCAAUCAAGGGUUUACAAGAUGAGAUUGAAAGUUACUGCAAUCAGGUUCAUUCUGCAGAAGAAAAGCUGCAACAGAAAGAUCUGGAGACACAGGAACAGGUGACUUCUAUACGGCAAGAAUAUGAAACCAAACUGAAAGGUCUAAUGCCAGCAUCUUUGCGACAAGAACUUGAAGACACAAUUCUCUCACUAAAAUCUCAGGUAAACUUUUUACGAAAAAGAGCAUCGAUUCUACAAGAGGAACUGAGUACAUAUCGCACCAGAAGGUAA